CUUUAAAUGUCCCUAACCAAUGUCUGUUUCGAAAAAUACAAUUAAAAAAGAUAGGCCACAGGUGCUUGUUUGAGAGAUAUGAUGGGCCAAACUUACCUAUUUCGUGCCUCUUCUGACACUAAUCACGCGCGUCAUUUCAUCGGUUCACAGUACGUUUUGCUGCAGCUGAAAACAAUGGUUUUUAAAGUAACACUAGACAAAAUUCGAUAGGUAGAAAGUCUCGAGCGUAUGGAACAAUUUGAUAUAUAGUUUGUGGGGAAAUCACGCAAAUUUAAACGACAUCGACUCAAAAAGUUCUCCGAGCCGUUCCUUUCAAGUUAAUAAUUUGCAUAGUUUUAACCAUCUUUUUUCCCUUCGAAUAAUUUUUUGUUAAUGCCCCAAUUUAAAGGGGAUAAUUUGUACUCCAAAAUUACGCAAUAGAAAAUAUAGGUCAUCGUGCUCGUUCAAGAGCUAAAGACUAUCGUACCUUUUUACCUGGUCCAUUAAUUAAAAAAGAAUACCAUGUUGUCACAAUGCGCGCUUAUUAGCCUGAUUACGUGAUUCCUAUGCGCAGUACAGAAUGCGCAGUGCGAUACCGAGGAAUCACCUCGACGCCCCUUUGUCCAGGGCAAGGAGAGAGAGGCUAUGCAUAAAUUAUUUGUCAGUGACACAAAUUCGUAUUGAGACAAGCUUAUCGGCUUAUCGUCGUCAGCAAUUGCUUGCUUUUCGUAGUCUCUGUUCUUUUUAUUUAUAUUUUAUUGUUAUUUUCGUUCAACAGAGAAAUUCACCGCGAUUUUUCUAGCUUUCAUCAUCGAUGAAAAGCAAUCAAUUUACGAUUAUGAUGUUUUAUCAGAAUGUGUGGCGUCCAAGUUGUCAUCGCUUCCAUAUCACACGAAAACCGUGGUUGGUGCUCCGAGGGGAUAAUCAUUGAUAAGGUUCCUGAGAUGCUAUCUAUUGGUUCUCCAGGCAGGCCAAUUAACUCCUCGAUCUUCAAUUCGAUGAUUGAGAUUUUCAUCAAGCGAUACUACAAAGUGGAUCUCGUCUCAAUGAUGAGAGAAUUAUUAAGAACACGGCCGGAAAUAGUUUUUAAGCUAGGUUUGAAUGACAUCCGAGGCAAUCUUUCUACUCUUCCAAGUUUUGAGAAAAGGAAAGAACAGGAGCUCGAGCGACGCUAAUCAUAUGUGGAUUAAACGAGACACUAUUUGAAAUAAGAAACAUUAUCAACAACUAAUAAGGGACUGGUCAUCCGAUCAUUAUCUAUCACCUAGGGGAUGGGGGGGGGGGUAAGAGGAUUCUUUGUUGUGUCACAAUGAAAUUUACCUGAUCCCCCCUCGAGGCUCUGUCGUAUUCAUAUGACCCCCGCCUCAUUGGCAGUCAGUUGACUGAUCCCCAAUCCGUUUCCUUUAAAAAAGAGUAGUAAAUUAAUCUUCCCAGGCUGAUAAAUAAUUACUAGUGCCUAACAGAACACCACGCGCCAUCCCAUAGCUGUAUUUUUCUUGUUUUCAAGCAUCAGGGUUAUUCAAUUUUUUUUUCCUAUAUUAGGGAGGAAAUGCUAUUUACAUUCAAGGAUGUUCAUCAUGCAAUUGCGGAC